UGUUUCGGUGUGCUUUUCUCCUCUUCGAUCAAGCAUCACUGACCCCAGAUUGCAAGUAUUCAUUCGUUGAGUUAAAACCGAACUACACUUGCUCAAGCAUAUAUCAUUCCUUGGUGUAAACAAAUCGAGCAGUUUUUCAAGUAUCACCCCAACAUCGGGUUUCGCUGUGUUUGCGGCACGACAGCAGUGCGUAUACCAUCUCGGUAUUUUGUGUCAGUGUGCUUGCCAGUCGGGUUGUGUGUGCUGAGUCGUACGUAUUCUUUGCUUGUCGGUUGCUGUGAACGCUUCUGAUGACAUAAGUGCGCUCCAGUUCGUGGUAUUUUUUUCGUGUUUGGUUCCUCAGUGCCUUUUGAGUAGAAAAUAUAAAAGCAGAUUAACAUAUGCAGAGUGACGCCUGUCGAAUAGUGGAAAUGUAUAAGCAGCAGUAAAGAAAAGUGUACUUUUGUUACCAUGCUGUUUUCUGUAGUGCUUUUGUGAUAUUACUCCUGUCAAAGUAUUGGUACGAGUUUUGUUCACGUGAAAAAAUAAAAUUUAAGUGGCCUUUAACGCUUUCGUUUGUCAGCAUUUUACUACUCAAAAGUGGUUCAGCAAAUAUUUCUAUGAAUACCGGAACAAAUAACAACAAUCAACCUACAGCGAAAAACUAUAUUUUACAAUACUGGAGAACGCAUUAAGAAGCUACACCAAUACACACUCAAACUUGCUGCUUAAGCGAUUUGGUUUUUGAACUCAGCUGAAAAGGAAGGCGCUGGUUGGUCAUCAUUUGCCCUAUUACCAUAUAGAGAAAGAAAAGAGAGUUUGUGUGUGGAUGUAUGUGUUUCAUGAGGUGUAACAGAGUUCUCGGACAUUUUAACGUUUCGCAAAUAACUUUCUUGUUCGCGUAUAACUGAGAGUGCGCCUGAAUAGCAAAUACACACGUUAUCGAAAUCCCUCAUUGGUGCUAUACCGAUAGUGGUUUAAAGUGUUAGUAGGUAGUUUCCGUAUGUACGGUGUAAAGGACGAUGCUAAACACUGGUUGCACGUCCUGGACUAUUUGUAUUGCACCGUACUGUUUAAGUAACAACAACAACAUCGACAAGUAGUGGUGCUGAGAGAAGUUGAGUGCGUUGCCUCUAUAACGAUUCUAGUGCAAAAGUGUUUGUAUCAUGUCGAGCGCAACUCAGGAUUGUAUACCGCCGCGCGGUAACGGAGAAAUGAAGUUGGUCAAGCAGGAAACACAACAAUCAAUCAGCCAGACCGAUCCAAAUGAUUCUUCCUCCGGAAGCAACAACAGCAGCGUUGCCCAACAUUUGGCAGGUGGAGCUAGCCAGGGCACUUCGUCCACCUAUCAAAAACCAGCCUCCUCAAACAACAACCAUACAGCGAAUUCGCAUCGCUCAAGACGCACGUCAACGUCUUCACCUGUGUCUUCGCCGUCGCCGACGCUACCGACCGCUUCGGCAAAACUAAGCAACGGUGCUGGCAAGACAUCUUCGUCUUCCACGACUGUCUCUGCCAGUAUGGGAUCAACUGGAACUGCUACUAGAAUGGUUCCUGCUUCCGCUCCGGCAACUAGCGGAGAGCCUAGCGGGUUAGGUUUAUCAGGUAGUAAUACGGCUAAUUAUCACAACUUCAUUGGACGACUUAUCAGCAAAGACAACAUGCUGCUAAUAAGCGAAGACGUGAUCGAAGUCGGCCGUAACUCGUCAAAGUCACAGGUGGACUUCCACGUUGGCAAGAACAGUUUCAUUUCCCGAAAGCACUUCAUCAUCCAGCACGAUAUGAAUGACGAGUUUACACUUUUCUGUUUGAGCAAGAAUGGUGUGUUCAUCGACAAUGUAUUUCAUCGAAAGAGUGGUGAACCGUACAAAUUACCAAAAUUAUGCAGCAUCCGUUUUCCAAGUACAAAUAUUAAGAUCCAGUUUGAAAACUUAAUUGAUCAGGCCAACAAUGGCAUACUUGUCGACCUGAACGAACACACGCCGGUUAAAAUGGGAACCGGACCGAUGGGAGGCAUUCCGUUGCACGCUGGUUCCAUAUCCGGUGCAUCGAUGGGUGGCAUUUCACAGAACGUCACCGGUGGCACAAGCAGUGGUGCCAAUCACAACAAUACUUUGGGUCUUGGUGGAAGCGGUGGCAAUCAGCACCAUUACCACAAUCGUGGUGGCAAAUCACCAUCUUCUAGUGUGAUUUAUGCGCCGCUAAAAAUUUCAAUUCCCUCCGAGCAUAGUAAUGCUGGUACUGUUGGUUUGCUCGGUGAUGUAUCGCGUGGGUCCGGUCGAAGUGGUACUGCCGGAGGUGGUGGAGGAAGAGGAAGCGAUAUGCAUGCUAUAGGUGGUAGUGGUUACCCGUCUCCAACGGGUACCAUUAGUGCUGCUAACAGUUGCCCAACUAGUCCGCGACAAAACGUGCACGAAUUUGCCCAGUACAACAGUAACCACCAUCAUCAUCAGCACAGCGCCGCUAACGUAGUCAGCAACAAUAAUAACAAUAAUUAUUCGGAAUUUCAAGCCCCGGCUACUCAAUCAUUGGAAAGUGAUAAGCCACCAUACAGCUAUGCGCAGUUGAUCGUUCAAGCCAUCUCGGCAUCACCAGAAAAACAGCUAACGCUAUCGGGGAUUUAUUCGUUCAUUUCGAAAAAUUAUCCAUACUAUCGUACCGGAGCGAACAAAGGAUGGCAGAAUUCUAUUCGGCACAAUUUGAGCUUGAAUCGAUACUUUAUUAAAGUACCGCGAUCACAAGAUGAACCAGGUAAAGGUAGCUUUUGGAGGAUAGAUCCUUCAAGCGAACUGAAGCUCAUCGAUCAAAGCUACAGAAAACGACGCCAACGUGGUUCGCAGUGCUUCCGAUCGCCAUUCGGCAUGCCUCGUUCGGCACCGGUUUCGCCAAGCUAUACCGACAACUCGCGUGAAGGUUCACCAAUUAACGAGGAAUUACUAAUGUCGGCCCCUGGUUCUCCUGGACAAAAUAAUAGUGGGUACUCCGCGAAUAAUCAUGAUGGUUCUCAACAGUCUUCGUACCAGAACCAGUACACGGCAUACGCAAGCGCUGAGCAUCAACAACAAGAAGUUUAUGAAGAAGAUGAGCAGCUCGAAUACGAAAGUGAUGAUUAUGAACCGGGCAGCAAGCGUCAAAAGAUGUAACUCUCUUGUAUCUAAAAGAAAAUUUUCUAAAGUGAUUUAACUUUUGGACGUAUUUUGGCGAGAAAAAACACGUUGUCAGGUUUUUUCUUUCGGUUCAGUGAAGCUCAUUACUGUUUAUCAUUUAUACAUAUAUGUUUAACUUUCAAUGCACACGAUAUGGAACCUAUGAGAGUUCCACUAUAUUUCACAUUAGACGGUAAAAGCAUGGAAAUGAGGAAAUUUAUCAGAGCGUAUGAUAGGAUGUACACAAGUCUGGUAUGCUACCUGAUUUACGUUGAGGCGACACCAACUCACAUUCACUUUCGAAAUAAGUUUUAAAUACUUCCCUGCAAACGAUGGUUGCAGCUUAUUUGCUUUUUGAUAAUUUAACAAUGCAAUAAAUACCCUGAAAGGUUUCUUGAAAAUACAACAUUAUGUAAAACUUGUAGACCUUUGUAUUAUGGUUGAAUGUUUUAGCAAAUGUGUUUAAUUUAGAUUUUUUUACAAUUCCAACAUAUUCUUCAUGAAUUUCAUAUAAAUUACAAAAAAUCAUUGGUAAUUGAAUUGAUUUCAACAUAAUAGAAGACCAAAAGAACCUACAUAACGUCGUUGAUCUUAUUGUUUACAACACGAAUUAUAAUGGUUUCCUAAAAGACACGCGUUUUCUCCCCUGUGAAUAUGUUUCAACAAGGUUUUUAAAUAUUCUCAGCGACCUUAUUUUACCACUUAUUACAACUGCUAACUUUUUUGUUUGGGAAUGUCAGUAGCCAUAGUAAAGUGCUGCAUAUGUGUUGAGGUACCCCGAAGGAAACACAAAUUGCCUCUGCUGCAUUUUCGAAAUGAUUAGUUAAAAAUAUUCAAAGAAAACACAGGAAGGAAGGGAAAACAGUGAGAGUUAAUUCAGUUUUGAUCAUCCCACAGUAAGAUUUUGUAGUUUUGCUUUGUUAAUAUCAGCACUAGAUUCAAUGUCACAUUUGGUGGUAUUGUAAGCUGUUUAUUUAAAAAUGGAAUAAAUAAAGAAUCUAUGCUUUGUCAGAGAGAAACAAUACGCGUUGUGACGGUUGAGGAACAAUGGUGUUAAAUACACAUUUUUGUGUGAUUGUAAUAAGUCAUAAAAGAGUCUCCUAACCUGUGGUGAGGAGUUCGUGCACGCAUGUGUGUUUGUCAUACUCCUGUUGGAGUGCAAAAAAUGAAUGUUUUAUGUUGAUCAACAAAUAUGGCAAAGUAAGGGAACGUCUCCGCCACGCGAUUUAUAGCAUGGCUUUUUGUUCUGGAGCUGGGUAGAAAUAAAUGAAGGAAUGUAGCUUUAUGCUUUGGAUCAUGGUACCCCGUAUCGUAAAUCUACACAUCCCCGCCGGAAAAGGAGAAGGAAUCAUUUAUAAAACCUAACAAAUUGUAAUUAUCGUAAACCAGAACAUAAGAAAUUAUACAUAGAGUAAAGUUAGUGUAACAAAAGAAAAAAUGUCAGUCGCAGUAGUAGUGUAGCUAGCUGUAAGCCACAUUUUCCAUCCCCUCCACCUCACGAUCAUCAUCGCUUAUACCUUUUAUACAUAGCCAUAUCCUGACGACAUCGAUGCUUGCAAGCAUCACACCGUCCCAUAAACUUUCCACAACGUCCUAACAGGAACCUUAUUUGACUACCCCCGAUUACUAUCCAUUAUAAUGAUUUUCCUAUUCAACCGACCCCAAAUAGAACCUUAUGCAUAGCUUUUAAUAUGUUUUUAGGGAGAAAUUAAUUUUAAAAUUAUUGUUCUUCUGAACGAUGUUUGAAAAUGAGCAUAAGCACGAAACAGGAGAAUCUAUGUCUCUAGCAAACGAUACGAUAUAGCACAGAUUGGGUGAAGCCUCUAAAAAAUUCAUAGUUUGAAAAAUUCUUGUCAAAGCGCGCCAUUGUUAUGGCAUCCGAGGUAAAAGAUAAUUUGUGCGCAUGGACGGAUUGGUUUACCUAAUACAAUGAUGGAUAAAUCGCUACCGUGUUGCGCAUAUCUAAAGAAACGUAUAUUUUAAAUACAGUCUUUACCAGAGUUACGCGGAUUUUAUAAAUUUGACAUUUCGUGUAGUUUUGUAUGUGGAAUUCACUGUCCAGUUUGCAAUUUACAAAAAAUCUCAGAAUAAGUUACAUUUUUGUUCAAGUAGAACGGCCGAGCCGUAUUGCUAAUGCUAACACGUUACAUUUUAUUAUUUAAAACAUUAUCUUUGUUAAAAAUUUGCUAUAAUUCUCGCAAUAAACGUAGUAAUAUCAAAUUUGGAUGCUUGGUAAUAAAAAACAAAAUAUUUAGCUUGGUAACGUGGAAAUAAGUAUUCGAUCCCUUCAUACAACAUAUAGACGAUGUAUUAAAGGAAACUUGAGUAACGCGAAAAUUUGAGAUACAUGAAUUUCUCUGGAACCCAAUAUCCGCGUAUCUCGGGUAUUGACUGUAGAGCGUUUUAUAUUGGACGCAGCACAAAAAUGAGCUGCUGGUCGCGCAAAUGUUUUUGUUUUCAAUUGAAAUUGUUUAGACUACUGCGUCGUAGUUAGCAGGAUUAUUUGUCUGAAAAUAAUUCUGAAUCAAACACUAGUGCGAAAAAAUGAUUCAAAAAACAAAAAUAAAAACCUUUAAUUGUA